AUGAAAUUUGCUCGAUACGCUGAGGCCAGCCAUUGGUUGUUUGUCAAAGAGAAAGAAAACUUGUAACACCUCACCGGGAUACGGUGUGGACAUGAUAAACCAAAGGAAACUUUAAUCGACUAUAUUCUGUCAAGCAAACCAUGAGUUUACGGAUUCGAUAAAUCUCAGAGCACUUACUUAAGUCAACUGCCAUAAUGAAGAAGGGAGCAAUGCAGAAGAGCAAGCAGUGGAAUGUGAAGGGAGCCAUGCGGCUGGCGGGCGUCUUCCACUUUCUCCAUUCCUGUGGCUCCGCUUGCCUCCUUCCCUUCCUGACCCUCUACUUCCGGCACCUGGGUCUCAGCGCCUCCAUGAUCGGAAUCAUCAUGGCGUCCAAGCAUCUGCUCGCCCUGGUGUGGCGCCCGUCCUCCAGCGUCCUCGCCAGGCAGUACGACAAACGGCGGACAGUCAUAGUGGGCUCUCUGCUCACCUCGGCAUUGGUGGUUUUGGCUCUUCUGCUCUUCCCGUCCGCAGGAGUCCAAACUGAAAGUGGACGGUGCAAUGCUAGCCAACCCGAUGUUGAUCCUACCACCAUUCUACAGAGGACGACGGUCCCGUGGCAAUCAAACACUACUGUUUACUCAAUAGACCAAACAUCUGUAAAUACCGAACAACCUGUCGAAACUUCCACACUUGUAACCUCCAACUGGUCAGCGAGAGGCCUGAGAUCUUUGGAGAAGCCUGAACAGGAAGAAGAUCCUCACACUGAGUUCCUGGGGAGCCUGAAAGCUAUGGAUGCCCAGCAUCAGAUGUUCUUUCUGGUUCUCAUUGUGAUGGGAUUGUGGGAGUUCAUGGCCGCCCCGUUGGAAUGGACGGCUGAUGAUGGACUUUACGAAUACUUGGAUUUCGUAGACGCCACUGACCGCCAUAACAGUGUGAAGCUCUGGAAGCAGCUUGGAGCUGCUUUUGGCAACUGUGCGGUUGGAGUUCUUGUAACCAGCCUGUUUUGUCUUACAGGAACUGCACUGGAGUUUUACUCCUACACUGUAUUUAUGACCUUAACUGUGCCUACAGCUGCUCUGCUUCCAAUCUACCUCCGCAAGCGUGAGCGGCCUACUAGUGGAGGCUUUAAGGCACUACAACUGGUGCAUGGGAACUCGCAAGCGAUACUUUGUGCUGUCACUGUCAUUUUGAUAGGCAUGGUGAGCUCAGCUGUGUCGGAUUUCCUCUUAUGGCACAUGCAGGACUGUGGUGCCACGGAAAUCCACAUGGGCAUUUCUUUAGCCUUGGCACACUUGAGCCAAACUGGCUUUGCUCCAUUUGCUGGGCGUCUAUCCCGGUUUCUAAAGUACCACGGUUGGUUACUUGUAAUCGCCGUUGUUAGUUUAGCCCUGCAGUGUCUUUAUUAUUCCUUCCUGUGGGGUCCAUGGGCCGUAAUACCCGCUCAACUGGUGGCGGGCUUCGGCACCGGUGCCUUCUGGUGGUCUGUAACAUCACAAAGCGAAGACAUCGCCACUCCCGGCACCGAAAAGACCAUUUUAAGGCUAUUUGAGGUGCUUUCUCUGGAGUUGGGAGCAGCGUUUGGAAGUCUGGCAGCUGGGUUUGUGGUGCAAAAGUUUGGGGUCCAGGUGCUUUUCCAAGGCAUGGCGGUCACUCUGGCUUUGUGGAGCAGCGCUCUUGCCGUACUCAAGUGGAAGAUUCCCCGGCAGCGCCGGAUAAACUACUCACGUCUGCUGGCCGCCGACACCGAGAUAAGCGAGUCUGAGUCGGACCAGGAAAAAGACUGGCUUGAGACAGCUAUGGAAGAUGCAAGGAGGAACAACAAGUGGACAAAGGAUAAGUCUUAAUCAGUGGAAGUAAAAAAUGACUUGUUAACAGACAAAAAAUAAAACGCUAAUACAGUUCAGUACACAGCAAAGAAUAAUUUUCUUACUCAAUAUUUUUGGCAUGUUUUCCAUUGCAAAUAUCUAAAAAAAUUUUUGAAUGAAUAAGCAUUUAUUUGAGAAGUACAAUGACAUAAACAAGAACACAAGUCUCGUUUUCUAAGAAAAUUUAUAAAAAUUGAAUUUAUGCUAAAAAAAAAAAAAAAGGAAAAAAUUUUAGUGGAGUGAGAAAAAUAAACAAGAUUUACACCCCAAUUAUUUAAUUAUCUUAAGGAUAAAAAUAUUUUAUCUUUUUGUAAACUGCAGCCGCAGCCGCGUCGGCUUUAACCAAACAGUGAACAGAUUAUUAACAAUCAAUCAUAGAACAUUUAACUGAACUUACAACGGACAGUUGAAAAUGGAGAAGAUUGUUUUUUUGUACUCUGCGGCAGCGUUUUACUCAAAGUUGAACACUCUUUAACUCUCUGUGCCGAGAAAAAACGCCCGAACGCUCACACCGUUUCUACACUGGACGCAACAGUUGUUGCACUGCAUCGCAUCGCGCCACAACAGCUAAUAUCUGCAAUAGUAUGUUUCUGCACAACCGCAGGCUGCAGUUUCAGGACCGCACUUCUAGGACCGCACUUCUAAGACCCUGUUUUUUUGUGACAGCGCCAUCUAGAUUCAAGCAUAGAACGAUUCAAGCAUAGAACAAAAACUAUUCAUUUUUUUUAUCAUUCCAUUUUAUUUUUAAUGUAAGACCUGGUGUGAACUUGUGUUUGAGGCGGUGUCAGCAAUCUCUAUUUAGCCUAUUUUAGCUGUGCAAAACAGUUCAUUGUUCUGCUGAAUGUUAUAAACUAGCAUUUGUAUUCAAAUUAUCUUACAUUUAUUAAUGUACCAAUAAACACACUAAUUUGUAGCGCAAUUGUUUUACCAUUUACUGCAUUUUAUGCGUGUCACACAUCAGACGUGAAUCACUGUGCUUUACAAGAAAACUGAAUUUAAAACCAGAAUAUAUAUAGAAUAUAUUGAAAUAAAUUAGGUUAAAUACUUCAGUCGGGUUUCCAGUGUUAAGGGUAUGUUAAGGGUUAGGAGUUGGUUAGGACAAUAAUUAAGUGUAUACAAUUAACCAACUACAUAUUUCUUUAAAAUAUAAUAACAUACACAAUAGCAAGCGCUAUUAAAAUAAUACAUACAUAAAUACAAUAAAUAAAUAAAAUAAUACAAAAAAAAAAAAAAACUAUAGGGUCCUAGAAAUGCGGUCCUGAAACUGCAGCCUCCGGUUGUGCAGGAAUACCCUUCUCAAUAUCUGUCUACACUGGACGUGACAAAACGACCGUUGCAAAUCAUUUGAACUUUGUGUGACAAAUAUCAAUGUCUUAUGACAUUCUGUGCCUGCUGGGAAUUUACUCACCUCAUUGACACCACAUUAAUGACUUAAUGUCUUAAUAUCUGAAGUUAUUUUCCUUCUCAGGUAAAUGCAUCUUAAUUAUUAUUUUUUUUAAAUAUCUGCAAUGGAAAGCUAGACAAAAAACUAAGUAAAUCAUUUUUUGCGCUCCAUGAGGGCAUGGUUUCAUUCAUCGUCAUAACAUACAGUACAUCAGGAAUGAAUUUAAAUCAAUUCAUUAUUCUUUCAAGCCAGAUAAAUUUCUAUUUGGGAAUAUUUGAAGGGUUAGUUCACCCAAACAUGAAAGUUCUAUCAUUACUCAUGUUGUUCCAAACCCAUAAGACCUUCAUUCAUCUCUGGACCACAAAUUAAGAUGUUUUUCAAUAAAUCUGAAAGCUAAUAAGAGAGGUAAUAAGAACAUCGAUAAAAUAGUCCAUAUGACAUAAGUGGUUCAACUGUAAUGUUAUGAAGCUACAAGAAUACUAUUUGUGCGCAAAAAAACACAAAAAAAAAGUGUUGUGGUACUCUUGUGAACGCACAUUGAAGACUGACAUGGAAGAGAAGAAAUAAAGUUGUUAUUUUUGUUUUCUUU